CGCGUCUAACCCCACACACCCACCGGGAGCGCUCCGGGCCCCUGUCACUACAUCUUGACACAACCUCCGACGCCUCACAUUGUUGCCUUUAUCGCUUACACAAUCUUGUAUUUUCUGACCUUUAAAGUGAAGUUUUGUGUUUGAUCGUGCGGUGAGGCAGCACUCUGUGGUUCCGUGUAUCGGUGUGCAUGAAGGUGAAAACAUGCAGAGAAAGUUGCAUGCAAGAAGUGUUGCUCCGGCAAAGAGAGCGAGGAACAAUUUCGCACAUGGUGGCGUGCCAGUGGGGCUCCUAUAUUUAAUGCUGAAGUGACAGUUGUACUCAUUUAUUUUGGGAUUAGUGAGGAGCGAGCAGAAGCAGAGGUGAAGCAGGUAAUGAGACCAGGAGCGAGCAUCUAGUAGGCACGCGCCCACACCACCAAGCCCAGGUUGGGACCAAGAGCUAGCGUCUGUCAGACACGCAGCCAGUCAAGUAUGUCAGGCUGCAUGACGCUACUUCCACCCCCACCCGCGAGCCUGUCUGCACGCGAGCCUCGCGUACAGUUGCGUCACCAGGAGAGGGAAGAAAAUACACUCACUGUCCCAGGACACUGCACACAGUGAGACGGAUACACCGUGUAUCCCUCACACGGCGGAGUGCAGUGAUGACGUUGUGCACUGUUAGUGUGUGUCCGUCCACUCUCAACACGUGCGAGUGAAGGUGUUGUGUUGCGGAGACCUGCACUAGUGAAGGUGUUGUGCGAGUUGUGGAUGGGCUGGUUGUGAGAUGGUGACACCAGCUCAGGUUACUGUACGUGCGGUCACUGUACGUGAGGUCACUGUACGUGCGGUCACUGUACGUGGGUCUGUUACAGUGAUCUGUGAUACGCUGUCACAUGAAGUGUCAUGGUAAUUUUUCAAUUGAAUACAAAGUGUACAGUGAACUGCAGUGCUCCAUCGGAAAUGCCGUAACAUGUAGUGAUAAUAACAGCAUGCAGUGCAAUACCAGUGAUGCAGAAGCACGCCAUGACCUGGAAACUGUGGCGUAAUGGUGGACGCGUGAGGCAGCAGCCCCGGCCAUGCUGUGGUAGAGAACAACAGUCGUGUCUUGGACGUGAGGAGCCGCCGAAGACUGUAGUGUGUCCGUGUGUGGUAGAGACCCCUAGAGAGGUGAGAGCGUGGCGCGGGUGGUGAGGGAGAGUGAGAGGGGCGGGCCUACCCCCGCCCACCCUCGCCCACAACCCACCCUCUCACCAGAGUGAGAGACCGCCCACCGGGAAAGUCUUCCUAUCAAACCUAUCAAACCUCGCGAAGAACUGAGGCAAGAUGAUGACCAACAGCAUGGAGCAGAACGAGUGGAAGGUGCCACCUGACAACACCAUCCAGGUGGUCGACCCCAUGGGCAUGAGUGACGAGGCUGGAGGACCCAAGAGGAACUGGACGGGCAUCUUCAUCUCCUUGGGCAUCAUCGCCUUCGUCCUCUUGAUGGUAACGGUGGCCACCUUCAUCGUUGGGGAGCCUCAACCAGCCUUCUACGGCAGAAGACUGGUCAUCAAGGACUUGGAAAACCCGCAGUUCAUCGCUUCACCCAUGGGGACGCAGUGGGUCACAGACGAGCAGCUGGCGUACCUGUCUGAGGGAGAAGGCAUCCGGCUCCUGAACACCGUCACCAACCUCAACAUUACUCUUGUCACCAACAUCGCUCUGCACCAAACUGGAGCGGCCGAGUUCUCUGUCUCACCCAACCUGCGCUACGUCCUGCUGGUCCAUGACGUCAUUAAGGGGCGCCUCUACAUGCGGACGGCGGAGUACAGUAUCUAUGACGUCACUACUGAUCACUACUACCCCCUCAAGCUGUGGAGACACGACGUGGGACACCCACGGUACCAGCACGCCGCCUGGGUGGGAGAUGAGGGCGCGACGCUGGUGGUGGUGAGUGAGGGAGACGUCUACCUCAUGGCCUCACCCACUGCCUCAUCCCCCAUCACCCUCACUCACGACGCCGUCCCUAACCUCCUCUACAACGGCGUCCCUGACCUCCUCUACGAAGAGAUCUUCGGUCAGGGUCACGCCGUGUGGCCGAGCCCUGCCGGGGACUACAUCGCGGUGGCGUCCUUCAACGAGACCGGCGUCAGGGAGCUGCCGGUCCUGGAGUACUCGGACAACGUGUACCCCACCGUCCACACCCUCAGAUAUCCUACAGUGGACACGGCGAUCCCUGAGGUGUCGCUGUGGCUGUACGACCUCACGAGUGCGGCUGUCCCGCCCUCCAGGACCCUCCUCACCCCUCCCGAGCCGAUCAACCAGUCCCACUACCUGGUCAGCGUGGGCUGGGUGAACGCCUCUACGGUGUGGGCGUCGUGGGCCUCCAGGGACCAGAGCACAGCAGUCCUCGCCACCUGCGACAACGUCGAGUGGAACUGUUCCUUGGUACACGUCAAUCACAAGGAGGGCGGCGGCGUGUCGCCUGUGGUCCACUCUGUGGUGUGGGCCGGAGGCUGGGCCGUCUUCCCCUGGUCAGUGAGGACCCUCUCCGGUGCCUGGCACAACCACGUGGCACUGGUAGGCGCGCGGGAGGGCCGCCACGCCCCUCUCACCCUCGAGGACUACCACGUCACCCAGGUGCUGGGCUUUGUCCUCAACGAGAGCCUCGUCUACUUCCGGGGAUCAGAGCUGGAGAACGGGGCAGGUCGCCAGCAGGUGUACAGUGUGUCGACGGGGGAGCAGAAGGUGUCCUGCAUCACCUGCGCCAUGGGCUGCCCCUACGUGGCCGCCCACAUGAACCACGCCCUCACCCACCUGGUGGUGACAUGCACGGGGGCCGACCCACCCUCCACCCACCUGCUGCCCCUCGGACCCACCAGACCCGCUGCCAGGGCCCUCCACAGGCAGGCUAAGUUAAGGUCCGCCCUGGAGGACCUGGCACUGCCUGUGGUGUACUCCAUGGACCUGGCUCUGGCACCCGCCCUCCACGCCGCUGUCACCCUCACGCUGCCCCCGGGAUGGUCACCAGAGGACGACACACUUCUCUACCCUCUCGUCGUCCAGAUGAUCGGGCCGGGGGAGCAAAACGUUGAGGAGCAGUUGUGGCACCUCGGGUGGAAGGAGUACCUGUCGUCAGGUCACCAGGUGGCUCACGCCCGCGUUCAGCUGUGGGGCGGCGACCCCUCCACCCGCGCCUCCACCCACACCCUGGCCCAGUACCACUCCAGAGUCAUCCAGAAGAUGUUGCAGCAGUUCGACUUCCUGGACCCCAUGAACGUGGGAGUGUGGGGGUGGGGCUCCGGGGCCUCCCUGGCCGUCGACGCCGCCGCCCUCGCCCCGGACCUCCUCAAGUGUGUGGCCGCCGUCAACCCUGUGGUCGACUGGCGCGCUCACGGGUCGUUCUGGGCUGAGCGACAGCUGGGGUCAGCUGAGAACGAGGGUUCCGGUCGUCGGUACGAAGACAGUGACCUGACCCGCUUGGCACCUCACCUCGGGGCCAACCGGGUCCUGCUGGCCCAUGGCACUCGAGACCCGUCAGCGCACCACGCCUUCCUCCUGGCCCACGCCCUUAUCUCUCAGGAGUCCUACUUCACACAUGUAGUAUACACAGACGACGACUACAUGCUGGACCUCAACAGGUUCCACCUCAUCAACGCCUUCAACAAGUUCUUCUUCACCUGCCUCCACGACCCCCUACAGUACGAGCUCCAGACUCACUGACACAGCUACCUGGCCUCACCUCAAGCCCACAUCAUUCUCAUUACUUUAAGAUUCAACUGUUACAUACUUUGCGUGUA